AUGGGAGUUAUUAUGACAGCAUUGCUUGCCAAGGCUACAACACUUGCUCUGAUUAAACACCCUAUUGUUAACUCUAGUUGUAGAUAUGGUAAUAGCUUUACCUAUAAUAGCAGCAUCAACAUUGCAGUUGCUGUUGCUACUGAAGGCAGACUGAUUACUCCAAUUGAUCUAUCAAAGCAGAUUGAGCUGAGUGUAAAUUUCAAGAAGAAUUCAAUGGACAAAGUGGUUGAUAAUGGCAUAGCAAACCUAAAGCAUUAUCACUCUCAGUAUAAGGAGCAUAUUAUGAAUUUACUAAAUGAUGGAGAAUCAAGUGUUAAAUCCAUAAUCAAUGUGAUUGAUGAAAGAGUCAGGAGUUUUGAUCAGAGUACUAUACCAUAUUUGAUCUUCCAAAGAGAUGGACAACUAGAAGAUCAUGAAUGUCGAGAUGUGCAUAUAAGCCCUCAUGAAUGGAUAAUGCUGGCACUGGCACGACACAUCAGGAAUGCACUAAAGGACUAUGAUGAUGAUGGGGAUGAAGAUGACACUGAAGACUAUAGCUGA